AACAAGUAAUGUUGUAGUGCCUUUACCGUCCCUGUCACAACUGGUCCGCACCAUACACCCCUUCACUCUGAUUAUUUUAUUCAAGUUAUAUAACCCUAGUACAAUUCGCUUGCUCAUGAUCUCUCUCAAAAUUAUUGGGCUCAAAUAAAUUGAAGGGAGUGAUCGUCGCUUUGGCCGCAGUUGCAGAUUCAUCUUCCUCAAACCGCCACUGCCCAAGCAUUUUCCCCCAAAUUCAAAACCAUACGGUUAAUCUAGCUUCAACUUCUACCACUACUGUUUGAAUUGUUUAUGGAGAAACAGAGUAGUAACCUUGCAACUCAAUUGAUUGAAGGUUUGUGUAGUUUUCUGCGCAGAUGUAUUUGUGCAAUUCUUUCUGCUGGUUCUCUUCCAAGGCAUGUGGCAUUUAUCAUGGAUGGAAAUCGAAGAUACGCCAAGAAGGAAGGUUUACUUGGAGGAGAUGGGCAUAGGGUUGGAUUCACAGCUCUUAUGAAUAUGUUGAAGUAUUGCUAUGAGAUGAAUGUCAAGUAUGUUACAGUUUAUGCUUUCAGCAUUGAAAACUUCAAACGACGUCCAGAAGAAGUCCAAUCCACUAUGCAGUUGAUACAGGAAAAGAUUGAAUCAUUGCUUGAGAAAGAGAGUAUUGUCAACCAGUAUGGAGUGAGAGUGCACUUCAUUGGAAACCUUAAACUUUUGAGCAAACCCGUCAGGCUCGCUGCUGAAAGAGCUAUGAAUGCCACUGCACAUAACUCGACGGCCACGCUUGCAAUAUGCAUUGCCUACACAUCAACAGAUGAAAUAACAAAUUCUGUCGAAGAAGCAUGUAAAGUAAAAAUGGAUGAACUAGGAGGGAAUGAAACUGACAGCAAGGAGCCUCAUAUUGACGUGGCAGAUGUCGAGAAACAUAUGUAUAUGGCAGUUGCACCUGAUCCCGACAUUAUAAUCCGCUCGUCCGGUGAGACUCGACUAAGCAAUUUCCUCCUGUGGCAGAGUGCAUCUUCCCUUCUUUACUCCCCAAGGGCGCUUUGGCCAGAGAUUGGGUUUUACCAUUUGGUCCGAGCAAUCUUGGACUUCCAAAGGAAUAUCACUUCUUUGGAAACUAAGCUGAAACAGAGUUAGAUUCGCCGGUUUCUGCACUUUCAGCUGCGAAUCCACUGCCGUUUCCCCAAGAUGAUGAAAGAAGUUAAAUUGGUUUGGCUUGAAACCCGAAUCUUGUUGUACAAUUAUGCUGUUGUUAAUUGUUAUGAUGCUAGUGUAUUUUUCUCUAAUCUAACUAGUGAUUAUGGUGUUUGAUUCCUGGGUUGUUAUUGUUUCUUACUCUACGUAUAUUAUUAAUAGCUGAUGGAGUACCUUUUUGUGCUA